AUGGCUUCGAACCAAUUUGAAAGUGCAGGAUCCAGCCCGGGUCGGAAGGUUCGGGUCGUGGGCAAGGUCCGAGGAUUUUCGGGUACGGAGGUCAAUUCUGAAACUGGGUUUUCGAGGACGGUGGAGUGGGUUUCAGUGAACAGGGAGAAUUCCGAGGAUGUCACCAUCUCGUUCGGAGAACAAUCUUCUAGUCGUUAUUUGAUGGACUAUUGCUAUAAGGAACAUGAAGAAAAUGAAAUGGUGUAUUCAAGAGAGGUGAAGCCUCUUGUUUCUGCAGUUUUUGAAGGUCAUAACAGCACUGUUAUUGCUCAUGGAGCUAAAGGAAGUGGAAAGACCCACUUAAUUCAGGGUUCUGCUGAGAAACCAGGUCUGGCAAUGCUUGCUGUGGCCGAGUUUCUUUCAAUGGCUGAGAAAUAUGGGAAAUCUAUAGCGAUUUCUUUCUACGAGGUUGAUCAUCAGGAGCAUGCUGUUGAUUUAUUAAAUCCAGAACAACCUCCAAUUUUGGUUUUUGAAGAUCGUGGCAGAAUUCAGUUUAAAGGACUUACUCAAACUCCUGUGAAAUCCAUUUCGGAGUUUCAGAAUUUGUACUUCACUGCAUGUUCUGCACAAAAGGCAGCUCCCAAAAAAGGCCAUGAACGUGCUCGGAGAGGCCACAUGGGAUUAAUUGUGCAUGUCAUUUCCCAGAAUGAAAGCGUAGAAGGUCUUGUGAGCAAAAUGAAUUUUGUUGAUUUGGCAGGUUAUGAAGAUGUUAGAAAGAAAAGUAAUGAUGGCUCUUGCCUUGCUGAGACUACCAAACUUAACAAGUCAAUUUAUGCCUUACUGAAUGUUUGUCAUGCUUUGAGCACAAAUGAAUGUCGUGUUCCCUACAGGGAAAGCAAACUUACACGAAUGCUGCAGGAUUCCUUGAGGGGGUCUAGCAAAAUUUUGUUAAUUUCAUGCUUGAACCCAAUAUUUUGCCAAGACACAAUUUACAUGGUAAGCUUAGCAUCACGGUCAUGUCAAAGGAUUUAUCGGACAUCCUUAGAUUCUAUGAAGAAAAGUGAAAGACAGAUGGUGACUUCUCAUAAGAAGAACCAUAUACCCAAAAGUGUUUCAGCCUCUGCAAAGAAAUUACAUGGUUCCAAAUCUCAUAUAUAUGAAAAGAAAUCUGUUGUUCCUAUGAAGUCUGCAAUGAAAGGAAGGAAAUUGUUUGAUGAAGCCAGCCAUUCUGUUGCUAAAACUGAGAAGGAAAUUUCCAUUGCUCAUGUUACCAAAACAUCAGAACCUUUAUUGGACAAUUCAUUAUCAGAAGCUGAGAGUCAUGUUGAGCUCAACUCUAGGGUGGAAAAGGAUGGCUCGUCUUUAAAUGCUAGCAGUGAAGUGGAAUCCAAUCACCUAGUUGAAAAGGGUAUUUCUGUUGAUAGAGAGGAUCAUCAAGAGAAACAAUCCCCUUGUGCCAUUAAUUACUCCAAAGCAUUGUCAAUAGUUGAGGAAGGCCAUAACAUGAACAAGGAGAACGACAUUUUAAUGGCAAAUGAUGGUUCACCACCCAUUAGUUCUCAACUGCGUGAUCUUUCUAACAGUCUUAAAUUGCUCUGUUCAUCAACCCCAUUAUGCACGCAGAUACCAGAAAAGGAAUCCACUUUGCUUGAUGAUCAGAUAUCUGCUGAUAUUGUGGAACCAAAAACUCCUAUAAUUGAACAAAAUAUGAGCAAUAAUGAUAGAUGGGAUGUAAUGAAUGCCAGAAGUCCUUGGGAAACAUUCAGCAUGCGUGGUUCUGGAAUGAAGAAUUCUCUUGUUCAUGAAUACCUGCGGUUUUUAAACACAGCUAACAAGGAAGAACUGAAAAAAUUAAAGGGAAUUGGGGAGAAACGAGCAACCUUCAUACUUGAGCUUCGGGAAGAAUCUCCAGAACCUUUCAAGAGUCUUGAUGAUUUAAAGGAUAUUGGACUUUCAGCAAAGCAGAUCAAGGGAAUUAUGAAGAAGGAAGUUGGAGAGCUUUUCAAUUAGUUGAAGUGUCUGUAGUAGUAGAGCCUUUGAUCUCUGUAUCCAAACAUUGGCAACCUAAAGUUGCCCCUUUGUCUGUGUGGCA